GCUUCAUGCUUCACUCGCUCAUAAUUCUAAGCCGCCACCAAUUAAUAAAGAGGACGCGGAUGUGCGCCGUACGCAUGGCAACAGAUCUAACGAAAGGGCUCCAACAUUUAAAUUGACCAAAAAAAGCAGCAAAGUCGUAGAUAUCGUUUCUGCACUCUUAUACGAAGAUAUGGAAGUCGACAAUUGAUUCACUGCUUCAGAAUUCCUUUUCUUUUCGACCAUACCAAUCUACAUCAUCUUUGUUCUCGGCCUUCACAAGGAUACCUGAGUAGUAUCAAGACCAUCUUUUUUUUGACAUCGGAUCCACAGCUUUCCGUGCUUCUUAUGCAAAACUCACCUCAACUCCAUUCCAAGUUCUACUUAGUCGAUAAAAUCGAUAUCGCACUACAAUAUUAAUCCAAAUUUAACAUCAUUGUGGGUUUCUACCGUGACAUUCCUUUGAUUUUUCCCUGUGUAAUAUCUGCCGUUGUAUCCCAGCUCCAAAUACCUUCUCGCUGGCCAAUGUUAUUGGGAAGACGGAGAUACCACAAGAAAAUCUUCUGCGAAGAUUCGCAGCAUACCCAAUCGUGGCGGCAUACAACCCGCCUUAUCUUGCGCCAGGAUUUGAUCUGGAAUAUCAAUAUCUUCAAUCGAACCCCUCUUCAAUAUAUUCGGGAUCGGCCAGUACCACAUCGGACUUGACUAUCAUUGGCGAUCAACGAUACGCUUCCCCAACUUAUCCCGUCUGCAACAACAGUCCUAGAUCUACGAAACGUCAACAGAUUAAUGGAAAGCCUAAGCAGAUUAAAGUUCGAGCGACUAUAGAUAAUCAGAUGCCAGGAAAUGAUGGGUCUUCCGCAACUGCUGCGGAGGCUCCAACGGCCGCUGCAAGUAAACCGAAACGAGUGCGAACGGGAUGUUUGACGUGCAGAGAAAGACAUUUGAAAUGCGAUGAGGGUCUACCAAAUUGUCUGAAUUGCCGGAAAUCCAGUAGGGAAUGCAAAAGAGGGGUGCGAUUAAAUUUUAUCGAUACCCAGAUCAAAUCACCACCAAUGAUCCCUCCUACGGCAGAUUGGUCAGUUCAAUUCCAAGAUGAAUCCCGCGAAAUUGCUUCGGAAUACAAGGGCGGUUUGAGUCGAUAUGCGCACAUCGAACAAACGAUUACUCCUCCUCGAGAUCCGCCCACCGAAUACCCUAUGCGACCUGUGGUUGUUGAUCCCAUGAUGCAAGGGAAUGCCCUUCCACCAAUACAGACUGCUGGUACUUUCAUAGAAAACAAUCUUGGGGUCAAGCAAGAGAUGGCACAUUCUUCGCAUUCUAGGCAUACAAGCAGACAUUUAUCUCACGCCGGUAGUGAGAGUUCUAGUUAUUUGACUGCGCCGACUGCAUACACUGCUUCGGAACAAAUUAUCACGCCACCCAACGAAACUCGGGAUUAUCUUACUACUCCUGAAGAAGUUCUAUACAUGCAAGUUUUCGUCGAGGAAGUUGGAUUAUGGAUGGAUAGUAUGGACCCGACGAAACACUUCUCCAGGAUAUUACCGUUCCAUUCUCUAGGAGAACCAAUGCUUCUCAAUGCUUUCCUGGCAUGUGGAGCUCGACAUUUGACUCUGGUCAAUCCUGCUUACCAGGAGGACAAAGCAUUGUACUAUUAUGAUACAGCCACUACUCAAUUGUUACGAUCGUUACAAAACCCCGAUCGAGAUACUGUCAUCUGUGCAACUACAGCUGUCAUUCUUAACGUUUACGAGAUCAUGUCCGAAAGAGCGAUGCAACGUAUGAACCAUAUUGCCGGAGCACGAGCUUUGAUUAAAGAAUGUGGAUGGAAUGCACGAAGUACUGGUGUAGGGGCCGCAUGCUUUUGGCUUAACAUUGGCAUGGAAUUGCUCAGUUGUUUGCACUUCAAUUGGCAGGUAGCCUGGGAACCGGAUCAAUGGGGAGUUGAUAUGGACUUUUCACGAGAAUUGGAAGUUGGACGAGAGGAAGUUUGGGUUCAUCGAAUGCUAUACAUCGUUGGAAAAAUCGCAAAUUUUAGGGCAUCGAUUCCACGGUUUCAGGAGGCUUCACCGCACGACGAGCAAAUUCGAAUGCAAUCUAGGUAUGCAGAGUGGCAAAAAUUGAAGAAUCUUUGUGAUAGCUGGAACAGUAGCAUACCUCGGACCAUGCACCCGAUGGCUUAUUUGUAUCCGUCACAGACCACUUCAAGUUCCGCCUUCCCAGAAGUUUGGCUUCUCAAACGUGCCACAAUCGUUGGUAGAUUGUUCUACCACACAGCAAUGUGCCUUCUCCCUCAAAUUAAUCCGUUGUUGAGUCCAGAAAAUGUAGAAAUGCACGAAAUGCAGCAAAGCCACUCUCGUUCCAUAUGUGGAAUUGUAGCACAUGUCAAGGACAGGGGAGUGGCUAGUGUCGCGCUUCGCUCUUUAGCUAUCGCUGCCGAAUGUUUAGUUGUUCGUCGCGAACAAGAAGAAGUACUCACCAUAUUCGAAAAAAUUCGAAAAGAAACGGGUUGGAGAGUUGGAUUUUUACACAAAGAACUCAAAACGAAGUGGGGUUGGCCAGAUGAAACGGCGCAGCAGCAACAGAUGAUGCCUCAAGCGAGUUCCUUGUCUCAAUUCUUCCCUUCUAAUACGCCAGCACCACCUGCACCGGCAAGACCGUCCAUUCCAAGCGGCAUUUUAAAUCCUCUUCUGAAAACUGCGGAUUUCUCUCUACCGAAUCAUCCAUACCAACAACAUUAUCAACCACCAAACACAACAAAUCAAUUUACUCAUACAUAUCUAUAAGUGAUAUAUCAUGUUACAAACGACCAUCGAGAUCUUCAUUGUUCAUUACUUCGACGACGCUACGGGAGACGCAAAUUAAAAUGACACCUGAGAGGACAAAUUCGGGGAUGGGCGCCAUUUUGCAUACGGAAUCAACGGCACAAAAAUUUCAAUUUAGCGGUAUGAAAUGGGGAAUUGGAGUCAAAUUGGCGUUUGGGGAAUAAAUAAUCGGUCCCGGGUUGGUAGGCAUCCCUCGGUAUUCUUGAACAUAGAACCUUGGAGUUUGAGGGAAUGGAGGGCUUUCUUUCAGCGUUGUUCCUGGAUAGUGUAAUACUAUAGAGCGAUUGACAUUGGUCGACAGUGUAAAUACAUUAUUUAUGAAUUGAUAUUAUCUCUAAAUUUUAGAGAAUGCA